CCGCACGGUCACAGUGGGCUGAGGUGGGGGGGGGGAGGUCAUUUGGACGUCACUGCUCGGCCUCAAUUUCCAAGACCUCGGAAAGCGGGAGAUCCCGCCCCCACCGUCCCGGCCUCCCUCCCUCCUUCCCUCCCCUUUCCAGCUCUUCCCACCCUCUUCUCUAGCUCACUCCGCCUCCUUGUCCCACUCCUUUAAGUUUCUCACUUUGAGACCCGCGAGCCGGAGCUCUGUCCGGGCCCCGGACGUCUCUUAGUGCCCGCGCCCCGCGACAGUACACCCCAGACCAGACGCUGCCCGGGACUAUGCCGUGCCCCUGGUGGAAGAGACGGCGCGGCGGGGAGCUGGAGUCCUCGUUCCGGAUCCUGGUCUCGGACGGCGGGAGCCAGGAGGGGGUCGGGCUGCGAGCGCUGAAGAAGAUGGAUCUAAAUGAAGAUGAGGAUGUGCUGGCUAUGCUGAAGGGCUCUCAGUUCUGCAAGAUCAGGUCGCUCAAGUGGCAUAAGGCCCGGUUCUACCGACUGCAGGAAGACUGUAUGACAGUGUGGUUCCAGCGCCGGUAUCGACACCCUAAGUCCCAUCACGUCUUCUCCUUGCAGCACAUCGAGGCCGUGCGCCAGGGCCAUCAGUCCGAGGGACUGCGGCGCUACGGCGGCGCCUUCCCCUCCAGCUGCUGCCUCACCAUCACGUUCAAGGGCAGGCGCAAGAACCUGGAUCUGGCAGCGCCCACCGAGGAGGAGGCACAGCGCUGGGUGCGCGGCCUGGCCAAGCUCCGGGCUCGACUGGACGCCAUGAGCCAGCGAGAAAAGCUUGACCAUUGGAUCCAUGGUUACCUACACCAGGCAGAUUCGGAUCACGACAGCAAGAUGAGUUUCAAGGAAAUCAAACACCUGCUUCAGAUGGUGAAUGUGACGAUGGAUGACAUGUAUGCCCAUCAACUGUUCAAGGAGUGUGACAGUUCUCAGAAUGAGAGGCUUGAGGAUGCUGAAAUUGAGGAGUUCCUCCGGCGGCUGCUGAAACGGCCGGAGCUGGAGGAAAUCUUUUACCGCUACUCUGGGGAGGACCAGAUCCUGAGCGCUGCUGAGCUGCUGGAGUUCCUCCGUGACCAAGGGGAGGAAGGAGCCACCAUGGCCCAGGCUCAGCACCUCAUCCGUACCUAUGAACUUAACGAGAAAGCUAAACAGCAUGACCUUAUGAUGCUGGACGGUUUCAUGAUGUACCUACUGUCACCUGAGGGCGCUGUCCUGGACCCGAGCCACAGAGACGUGUAUCAGGACAUGACUCAACCCCUCUCCCAUUACUUUAUCUCCUCUUCCCACAAUACCUACCUGACCCAGUCCCAAAUUGGCGGUGCCAGCAGCACGGAGGCCUAUAUCAGGGCGUUUGCUCAGGGCUGCAGGUGUGUGGAGCUGGACUGUUGGGAGGGGCCAGACGGAGAACCUGUGGUUUAUCACGGGCACACGUUCACCUCUAAGAUCCUUUUUCGAGACGUCAUCCAAGUUGUUCGGGACCAUGCCUUCUUGCUGUCCCCAUACCCUGUCAUCCUGUCCCUGGAGAAUCACUGCGGGAUGCAGCAACAGUCCACCAUGGCUCGCUACCUACGGACCAUCCUGGGGAACAUGCUAGUGACAGAAACCCUGGACGGGAAAAUUCCCAAGGAGCUGCCCUCUCCAGAGCAGCUGAAGGGCAAGGUUCUGGUGAAGGGCAAGAAACAAAUCGUCCAUCAGAAUGAAGAGGCUCCAUCUGACCUGCCUGAUGACCAAGAAGAUGAAGUGAAGGUUUCAUUGGAAGGAAAACCAUCCAGGCAGCAACAGAAGGAAGAAUUUGGGUCUUUCUCAUCCAGUGGGGAGAAGGAAGAAGCUGAAAAGCUGCUGAAGGUCAAGUCUCUCACAAAGAGAAGGAAAUCAUCUACUCCUAAAUUGGAAGAGUCUGUCCUGUGCUAUAUAGAGGAAGGAAAGGAGGAGCAAGAUGAGGAAUCUGAGGAGGGGGAAGAGGGAGAGGCAGAGGCUGGAGAGUACAGAAAACAGACCAAGAGAAAGUUCCAGAUCUCCUCUGGGCUCUCAGAUCUGGUUGUCUACUGCUGUACCUCCCAUCUAAAUGCCACGGACCUGCCUGGGACCCAACCCCAACCCUGCUGGGUCCCUUCUCUCAAUGAGCGCAAAGCCAGGAAGUUCAUCAAGGAGGCUGGAAACAACUUUGUCCGGCAUAAUGCUUGCCAGCUGUGUAGAGUCUACCCCCUGGGGCUCAGGAUGACCUCUGCCAAUUAUAACCCCCAGGAGAUGUGGAAUGGGGGCUGCCAGCUGGUGGCCUUGAACUUCCAGACUCCUGGGUAUGAGAUGGAUCUGAAUAAUGGCCGCUUCCUGGUGAAUGGGAAGUGUGGCUAUGUCCUGAAACCUGAUUUUCUACGGCAAAGAGACACGACUUUUGACCCUGAACGCCCUGGGCCCCCCCAGACCACCCUCAUUAUCAAGGUGCUAACGGCUCAGCAAUUGCCUAAAUUGAACAGAGAGAAGCCAAACUCCAUUGUGGACCCACUGGUUCGGGUGGAGAUCUAUGGGGUACCCAGGGACUGUGCCCAGAAAGAGACUAACUAUGUGCUCAACAACGGCUUUAAUCCUUACUGGGGGCAGACUCUGCAGUUCAGCCUCGGGGCUCCUGAGCUGGCCUUGGUGCGAUUUGUAGUGGAAGACUACGAUGCCACCUCCUUCAAUGACUUCGUGGGCCAGUUCACCCUGCCCUUGUACAGCCUAAAGCAAGGGUACCGACACAUCCACCUGUUCUCUAAAGAUGGGGCUUCUCUCUCCCCAGCCACACUCUUUGUCCACAUUCAGAUCAAAAUUUCAGGUCCCACUCCGGAGAUCUGUGGAUAUGAGGGUGGCUGCCUGUGUCCUUGGGGCUCAUCCCAUCAUGAACUUGCACUCUUUGGCCGUCAGUCAUGGGGCUUCACCCUGGCUGGAUGCCCAGAGUCCUGCUGUGCUCUGGGAGAUGGGUGGACUCCCUCAGAGAAGGUGCUGACUUGAGCUGAAGUAAGUUUUGGCCAUUUGGGUUAUACUGCUGUCCCUACUGUCCUUGGGGCUAAAGCCCAGGUCUCCUCUCCACUCCCACAAUGCCAGGAUCUGUAGUCUUAGCGCAUCAACACCCACUCUUGACCCCGCUGGCUCUCCUGCCCUUUGCCCUUCUUUGGAAUGCGUCUAUGUCCCAAGGAAAGGAGAGGCCAGGAGACCGGGGAGACCCGGAAGCAUUUUCCCCCCCAGAGGAGUCCUCAAGGGCAAGGAGUAUUACAAGAAAAUUUAUAAAGAAUAAAGAGUUUAACAUUUCUAUCUCA